GUUUCCAGGCUUUGAUGAGAGGCUCUCCAUGAUGAGCAGCUAACGCCGUCAGCCGCACAACUGCAGGAAGAGACGUGGCUGCUGCUCCAUCCACAGUCGACGCAUGGCGGUAUUAGGGAACCCCGACAUGCUGACGAGGAAGAUAAAGCUGUGUCACAUCAACGCCCACAUCACAUGUCGUCUGUGUGAGGGCUACCUGAUCGACGCCACCACCGUCACAGAGUGCUUACACACCUUCUGCAGAAGCUGCCUUGUAAAGUAUCUGGAGGAGAACAACACGUGCCCCACGUGUAGGAUUGUUAUUCAUCAGAGCCAUCCACUGCAGUACAUCGGCCAUGACAGAACAAUGCAAGACAUCGUUUACAAGCUGGUACCGGGACUUCAAGAGGCGGAGAUAAAGAAGCAGAGGGAAUUCUAUCAGAAGUUGGGCAUGGAGGUGCCUGGGGACAUUAAAGGAGAGCUGUGCAACAUGAAGACUCAUCUAGAUCAGCGCAACGGUGAAAUAAAAUCAGAAGACACAGCAAACAAGGAGGCCGGGGAGGAGAAACCAGAGGAGGACAACGACUAUCACCGUAGCGACGAGCAGGUCAGCAUCUGCCUGGAGUGCAACAGCAGCAAGCUGCGAGGUCUGAAGCGUAAAUGGAUCCGCUGCUCGGCACAAGCCACCGUCCUCCACCUCAAAAAGUUCAUCGCCAAAAAGCUAAACUUGACAUCGUUUAACGAGCUGGAUAUUUUAUGCAACGAGGAAAUCCUGGGGAAGGACCACACUUUGAAAUUUGUUGUUGUGACGAGAUGGAGAUUUAAGAAAUCUCCACUCCUGCUCCAUUACAGACCGAAGAUGGACCUGCUGUAGCUACAAAGGACACAAUGGUUGUUUUAUUUGGAUUUCUUUGGUCGGAUGAUUUGCCGCAGACUUUGGUGAAACUUUUUUUUUUUAAUUCUUUUCUUUUUUUUAAUUAUUAUUUAUGCAAAGACGAUCAACCAACACCAAGCAAAACCCCUGACUUCAACAAAAGCCAGCAGUUUGACAUCUAAUGAGACAAAAACUGGCACAGGACCUGAAACGCCGGCUUUACGAACUAAAACAACCUCCUUCUGUUUUUUUUUUUUUUUUUUUUUUAGAAUGAUAAAUCCUACAUAUGUGAACAAAAAGAAAAAAUGGGAAAAAAAAGGAGAGAGAGCAUAUAUUUAUACUUUUGUACAGAAAAGACACAAAGCAAGACACUACUGGUGCUCAGUUUACACACACAAGAUGUCGGGAGUCAUCUGAACAUGUUUCCACCCUUAUCCCCCUCAGACAAUGACUGACAGGAGAGGAAGGUUACAUAUAUAUAUAUAUAUAUAUAUAUAU